AUGUCUUCUACAAGCCGCCGGAAACCUCACUUCGAAGCCCCCUUUCCAGCGCACAACACCGUUCGCCUCGUGCCUCAAAUCGCGUUAGCCCCAGAGUUGACAACACCAAGUUCGCCGUCUCACAGAGAUCUUCGAAAGCCUCGCCCAAUAGCUCGCUUCAGCCCUCUCUUAAGCCGGCGGAGACCAAUCUCGAACUCCGUUUCUACCACACAACACCACCCGCAUUGUUCCUCAGAUCGCCCCGGAAUCGACAACAACAACCUCCCCAAAUCACCAGCUCACAGCCCUUACACACCCCGUCGAUUGCCUCCCACCAGCUACCGAAACUACAUGUCAGCCUCCUUUUCCAGCGCACAAACUCGCCCGUUUCAUCAGACCGCCCCGGUGUCGACGGCAACGAGCUCCCCAGCUCACAGCGGCCUUGCGUCAUCCCUCCCCUUAAGCCAGCGGAAAGCUAUAUUGCCCUCCUUGCCACCGCACAAACCAGCCCGCCUCGUCCUUCAGGCCGUCCGUCCCGGGGUCGACAAUGUCGCGCUCACAACGCGCUCCUCCUGGACCGGCGGGCCAGAGGCUCGCAGGCGUUCCGAACAUCGCUCAGCGGAGAGGAAUCGCCAGGCGCGUGCUGAGGGGCCUCCCAGCAAUGUGAGUGGCGUUCCAUUCCACUGUAUCUGUGUCGGCAAUGUUCAUUUUAGCAUCACCGAGACAGACCUCAACAACGUCUUCGAGCGGUUCGGCGGGCGAGAGUUCGUUCAGCUGCAGAAGGAAGAGACGGACCGUAUCAGGGACUGUGGCUCGGACGACUCCGCGAGACAGUACCUACGCUCUGUCGCCUCAGAGAAUUCGGAAACUGCAAGACAUCAAUCCCAAGCCGCCAUCACUAAAAAUCCCGAAUCCUUUGUGUUCAGAACUCAAGCUUUAGCUUGA